GUCCUCUCAAGCUUGCGCCACGUUUUACAAGGUCUUCAUCUCGACUAACACUUCAUUUCUUUGAGCCUGCCAGUGCUUGUACCCUUUUGCGUGUGAAACCCCAAUCACUUCCAAACAACCCAGAUUCGUUUUUCUCGAGUCGUACAUAUGUCUACUCAAAUUCCUGCUGAUAGCUCGACGCCUCCUCAGCUUGGAGACGUUAUGGCAGAACCCGAGGUUUCCUCGGGGAUCCUCGCUGCGUCUCAUGACGAGGCUGCACCAUCAAGGCUCGAGGGUAGUGCCAACGUUAACAUACUACCUGAGACUGACCCUCGAUGCCUGUACUUCUUCUAUGGCACACUCUGUCAGCCCGAAGUAUUGCGGAGAGUUUUAGACCUUCCCGAGCCUCCCCCUCUAACCCCAGCCCACAUAGUGGGCUUCGAAAUCAAAUACUGGGCAGCAUUUCGAGCUCUCAGGAUUGCCAGUUCUGAUAAGGCACAGUCGUCAGUAGUAUCCGGAAUGGCCUACCAUGGCUAUGAAGAUGAAAUAGGCUACUUGAGGCGAUACGAAGGACCCGGUUAUAAGUUACACCCCACCACAGUGUAUGUCGAUGGACAGGAGAUCCCGGGGUAUACUUUCCUUUGGUGUGGAAAUCCCGAAGUCUUAACAGAUGAAGACAUAGCUGACAGUGCAGUAAUACCGGACGAGGAUUGAAUUGUUUCGGAAGUUCAUUCAUCGAUCGUUUUUCUUCAGUAGCCAUUUCCUAACAACAUGAUUUUGGGCACCCCAGAAUGGCAAUGAUAGGUACAACGACAGACUUUAAUGUCAAUAAAGCACGUCAUUACCCGUAAUACUUUUCAAAGGAGCCUGUCCUUUGUUCACAACUCUCACCCCUACCACCACCUUUGUUUCGCCCCAGUGCCCCUUGCUAAUAACAAGCAUGGCGGAAUCUGUGUCCGAACCCACUGACCUACAACUGUAUUUUUUC